GACAAGCAAUCGGAAGAGAAAAAAAAACAAGAGACAAGGACAGAGCGAGAUCGUGGAAAGUAACCGGUAGCGUCAACCUGCAUACCGCGACGAAAUACCCGUUUAAAUAGGAUCAGUCGAACGUCAUCGUCGACGGUCAGUCGAUCAACUCGCUGCCAGAAUCAUUCGCGGUGUAUCGACGGUAUCGCGCAAAGAACGAUUGUACGUUGAGAUUCACCGGCCACCCCGAUGCCGUCCUGUGAAUCGUCAAUUCGCAUCUGCGGCGGAUCGUUUCGGGUCCCGGCGAUCAGCCGGAGCGACAAGAACUAAAGACUGCGCCAAAUCUGUAGUACGCGCACACAACUGCACUCGCCGCGGUACGACCAGCGACAGCCGCAAUAAUGCGAGAGAACGAAAAACGCAAGAACAACGGUGUACGGACGAUGACACCGGACCGGCAGCAGCCGCAUCCUCCGUUCCCCGCGGCGCACGUCUCCACGAGGCAACAUUUUCAGAAGCGGAAGUGACCGAAAGUCACGGCGGAGCUGUAAUGUCAGCUGGUGACUCUCGCGGCCUUCAUCGAUACCGCAUCGACGACAACGAGGGCGAACCGAUCGCGGUGCGAACCGAUCGGCGCCCUGCGACGACGUUUGAGACGUGAAAAUACCGAAAGCGAAAAGACGACGAUCGAUAAGAAACCUAAACGGGAAACGGCGGUAGCGCGGAUAGGGAGGAGGAGGGCAAAGGAAGAAGCGUCGGAUGAGACCGUCAUGCCCGCUGAGACUGACACGGACGGGCAUAGGGUGCUGCACUGUGAUUACCGUGCCGACUGCCCGACCGCGAGGCCGAUUCACGUGUCGACUCCCGCGAAUAACGAACGCCGCAUAUUCGAUCGCGCGUAUUCGGACCGCCGGGGCGUGAGCUCGCUCGUUAAUACCGAUCGCAGUCCUGCGGGACUUUCAGAAAUCGACGAACAUGAAUUAGUCGAGCGGAAAAGAGCCCCGAAAGAUCGACGACGGAGAACCGAAGAGCGGGCGAGAAAAGCGGAGCCGUCGCAUUGCCGCGGCGCAAAUUUGCUGUCCAGCGUAGGUCGGGAUUCGUCCGCAAGCAUUUCGAGGAUCGAUGACGAAGAAAGGAGAAUUUUCAACGAGAGUGAUUUGCGAGCAAAAAAUCGCACACUAACGCAACCGCGUCGAAAUCGAAGAGCAGUCGGACUCGCGUGUCUCGCAUCGGCAAAGUCUCCCGCGAUUGAGAAUGUCUCCAAGGAUGAACGUUUCUCGAUCGCGUGGAACUCGCAGGAAGACGCGAGCGUGCACGACAAGGUCGAACGAGCGGAAUCGCGGCUACGCGACCAGACGGAACGAUCUCGACUCGCGAUAACGGACGCGAAUGCGAACCAGAUCGCGAGGCGUCGAAGUCUCCAGGAUCGAUCUUGGACAAGUUCGCGGCCGUCGUUCUGCGGGAGAAAAGAUUUCGACACGGGUCCGAUCGAUCAUACGGAAAGGACGCGGGCCGCGAAAGGAGCUCCUCUUCUCUCUAGUCAUCACUCGCACACUCGCUCGAAAGAUGGAUCCUGCGAGGAGGAUUCUAGGAAUGUCAGUCGGAGAUUUUGUCGCGGAAAAUUCGGCAACGACGACGCGUGGGCGAGGGAAAAUGCGCGAAUAAACUAUUCGAAACCACGCGACGAACAGCUGGAGGAACAGCAGACUAGAAGAAUCGACCUCGCAAACAGGAAAAAAGUUAAACGUGCGCGUCGCGUUCGCUCGUUCCUCCAGCUGGUUCUCUUGCUCCUCGUCGCGUUCGGACGAUACGGGACUCUCGGCUCGACGAGUGUGGUUAAGUUUAGUGCGAGAUCGACCGCGAGCGGCUUAAGUGUCUUGGGGAUCGGCGCAAUUAUCGGUGCAGUGAGUGCAACACCGAUCGAUCUGACCGGCGACGCGGGCAUCCGGGCCGAAAGGUCGGCCAAUCUCUCCCACAUCACCGGAGCCUCGAGAAAGAUACGGAUGUACAUCAAGAACCGGUAUCUGCAGAUCCUGCCGGAUACCACGGUGAAUGGUUCUAACGACGACACCUCUGACUACACUAUUUUUCAAAGAAUAUCGGUGUCGAGAGGUCAAUUGAGGAUCCAGGGCGUAGCGACCUGCCUUUACCUCUGCAUGGACCCUUGCGGUUUACUUUACGGUUCGCGCGAGACCACGGAGGAUUGCGUCUUCAAUGAGACUAUAGAGAAACACAAUUAUAACACGUACAGCUCGGUGCGCUGGUCUACGCCAAACAAGACGCUAUACCUCGGUCUGAACCGGUACGGUCAGCCGAAAAAAGUAAAAGCCAAAGGUCACAAUCUAGGCAAGCUGUCGGCAAACGUCCAGGUGUUGACGCAGGGAGUUAAGUCUGAACACGUGGAGGCCCUACAGGCGCGGAUGAUGGGCGCCAAGCACGGCGUGCGUCAUCGACAUCAAAACCGCAAUCGUCAUCGGCAACAAAGCGGUGAUAUGACGUCACUCUGUCCGACUCUGCCGGCCCAGGAAAAGGACGGCAGAGACAAGUUCAGGUGCCGCAAACGAAAAAAGAGGAAGAAGCGGAAGCGACGGUGCAGACCGGGCGAGCGAUCUGGUCCUCAAUGCCGAGUCGUCGAGGACUUGGCCGCGAGUACCACGACGGAGGCGACGGACGUCGACGCGUUUCCGGAGAUCACGAGCGCCAGCAGUACCACGCCGGAAUCCAAGAGAUCCUGCGAGGGGGCUGCCAGCGAGGAGGCCUGCAGACGUCAGGCCCUCUCGGUGCAGGCGAACAAGCGGAAGUCGCGGAUAGACGACGACGGCGGCGACAGGAAUCUCACGAUCAACGGUAAGAACAAAGCAUCAACGUCAAACGCGAAAAAGCCAAACGUCAGCGUCGCCGAUAGUCAAAGUAAAAAGCCUGAUUUGACGGACGGGAAGAAGAAGAAGAGGAAGGGUCCGCCGCAAGCGAGCAGGGGGAGCGCCGCGAUGGUCCCGCCGUCCCGGAAGCGAUACGGGCCUGGCAUGACGACGUCGCCUCGGGGAGCCUCUUUGCCGCUAACGGCGCCCGCCAGCGAGGCCUCGACAACCACGUCGUCCUUCUCGCCCUCUCCUCCUGGUGCGUCAACCGCUCUCUCUUCCGAGAGAAGGCCGGGCUCGCCGUCGUCUGGUCGUAAGAAACCACCGCCGUCCUCGAGGAAUAACGUUGCGAGACCGGCGGGCUCGCUUAGGGUAGGAAAGUCUUUCCCGGGUAGCGCGGAUUCGCGGAGUCGAUCGCAAUCGACACCGGCGAUGUCGAUAAACGUCCCGAGGAACGAGAUAGCGCACCCACUGUCAACUACCAAAGUUCCUGAAAUCACGCCUUUUUUCCUUCAACCUUCGUCAGUUUCCCCCUCCUCGUCCUUGCCCUGGCAGGAAUCCGCGGAAGAUUACUCGAGCUCGCUGUCAGACUACUCGCUUGUCGAUGAGUCGUCGUCCUCGACCGCGACGAGCGAGUUCACGGCGGAAAUAGUAGAGUUCGACGCAUCGACAGCCUCCAGCGAGGUUAUCGCCGAGGUGACGUCGUUCAAGCUGGACGAAGAGGACGGUGGCUCCGGUAUGGCCGACACGAUCCCGCGGACGACUACGAGGUUUCCUUUGGAGAGACUGGUCAUGUGACGCAUCCCUCGGAAGGCCGAAGGAUGAUUUGUGCGCAAAUGUCAUUGUAAACUUACGUGUACAUAAGAAUCAUUCUACGUUACGACUUAACAUUCAUAUACGACGAACGCGCGGCGCACAAUCUAUAUCGUGCUGAGAUUUCGAUACUCGCGAUAUAAAGAGCUGAUAUUGUUGUAAUAUCGGUAAGAGAUCGAUUCGUUCAAUGAUUUUCAAAUAUUAUAUAUGGU